AUGGACAACCCACUGGUGCAGGCUGCAGCGACCACCUCGCACACAGAGACUCCCCAUCGUAACAACGUAGAUGACACAGUUGCCCCCAGCGAAGACAAUGGGCGUGCCCCCUCCCCAACCACAUCCAUGUUACUCCCUGCGAGCGAGGACGCUGCUUUCGCAGACUUGCAAGCCACGCCCACCCCCGUCCGGACACACAACCCCCCCACUCUCUUGAUUGCUGCCCGUAGACAGGCUGGUCCUGCCGACACCGAGGAUGAUGACAUGCCCGGACUCACCACAUCCGAAGAUGAAGACGAUGAUGAAGAUAUCAAGGCUCACCCCCCCGCAGAGCACUCCCGUUCAGCCAAAGCAAAAGGCAAACAACACGCACGCACCCCAUCCACGAUGCCGCCUCCCCACCCACCCCAGGAGUUCAAUGGGACACCCAAGCCCCAGAAUACCUCCACGAGCAGCGCGCCUGGGCUCCCACCCUGCAUACCCCAAGGGACCCCUCCUAAUGCUGAGGCCCUGGCACUGUUCAAUGCCUAUCAGCAGGACCUCCAGGCAAUGGAAGCUUACAAUGUCCGCCAGCACUCACGCCCUGCAGCAUCCCCACUCGACGCCUUCACACCUCCCCCCCCCCGGAAGGCUUCCCGGAGGUAUAUUGCCAAACCCCAACCAACGCUCAUUGUCCAACCCCACAAUUGGAACGGACGUGCACUUGCUGAGCGCGGUGUUGAGGUCGUGGACCGAAUUCGCGCGGCUACCGUCAAGUACUCAAGGGCUGUCUCCGAUGCCCCCACCGACUCCAUCCAAGUCACCGCGCUUAUUGUUGCCAAUGCCCAGAACCCCCGACAAUCUUCUGGCUUCGUGGUGUUUCCCCUGACAUGA